AUGCCUCUGAAGAGGCCGGCCACAAUUGCGGGCAAAACGUUGGGACCAGACCACCGUGGCCACCACACGGCUCAGAAAACCCUCAGCCGCCAGCACUGCACCAUGCAUGCAAAACGGUCACCCCGUGGGAUUACUUUGUUUGCAAUGAUUACUCUGAUUAUGGACUCUUUCAAAAUUGGAUACUUUGUUGGAUAUUCAGAUUGCUUAUCGAUUGCAGAAGGAAUUUUCCCCGUGACACACGCACUGCAUACGCUUGUGCAGGUGUAUUUCUUAUGGUGCCAUGCAAAGGAUAUCAUCCAGUCUUUCAAAACACUGGAGAGAUUUGGAGUGAUCCAUUCAGUGUUUACAAAUUUGCUUCUGUGGACAAAUGCAGUCUUAGCAGAAUCCAAGCAUCAACUUAAUGAACACAAGGAAAGGCUAAUUACUCUUGGGUUUGGAAACAUAUCAAUAGAGUUGGAUGAUCAUGCUCCGCAGUGUAAUUGUUCCACUACAUCUCUCUGCGAUAUAUUUUCUCAAGGAAUAUACUACUUGUACCCUUUCAACAUAGAGUACCACAUCUUAACAUCCACGGUGCUCUAUGUGCUCUGGAAGAACAUUGGGCGCAAUGUCGAACAUCUUCAGCAUCACAAGAUACCAUUCAGAUUCCAAGGCAAGACCCUUGGCACCAUCGUGGGCAUGGUUGUGUUUGCCACCACGAUAGCCAUCGUGGUGGUGUAUUUGAUUCAGAUUGGGCGUACAAAGCUAAAGAGCGAAAUUGCUCUUGUGAUGUUUUACAUGUAUGCAAUCAUCGUACUGACUCUGAUGUGUGCGGCUGGGAUUGUCGCUCUGCUGAUUUACAGACUGGAAGGUCGAUCGCUGGAUCUUUCCAAAAACCCAGCCAGGAAGCUUGACGGGGACCUCCUGGUGGGAACAGCUUCGGGAUCCUGGCUCCUUUCUUGGGGCUCAAUCCUGGCAAUUAUCUGUGCCGAAACCCACCCCAUAUAUGCAUGGUAUAACCUGCCUUAUUCCAUAUUAGUGAUCAUUGAGAAAUAUGUCCAGAACCUCUUUAUAAUUGAAUCGAUCCACCGUGAGCAUGACAAAAGUCACGACAACAUCAAAACGCUCCGAAUACUAACAGUGUCGAAUGGGAGCACUCUUUCUCCUGCUCCUUCUUACAAGGAAAUCUAUAAUGGGACCAGCGGCCUCCACAACGGAGAGUUCCCAUCCAAGUUUAAUGGCAGUGUUUGUCUGCCUGAGAGCAAUGGAACUGGGGCCCCGGAUGAAGAGAAGGGGGAGCCCAACAAAGGCCUUUCCUUUUCUGCAGCUGAUCCCUCACACUGUGGAAGAAACUUUGCAGUUGACAAGCGGCGCAUCUUGAAGAACGUGGCUGCUUUUCUGUUCCUUUGCAAUCUGUCGCUUUGGAUCCCACCAGCUUUCGGCUGCCGCCCUGAAUAUGACAAUGGAUUGGAAGAAAUGGUUUUCGGAUUUGAGCCGUGGAUCAUCAUUGUGAACCUCGCCAUGCCCUUCUCCAUUUUCUACCGGAUGCAUUCGGCCGCCUCGCUGUUUGAGGUCAGCUGCAUCACAUGAAUUUCCCAGAUGCAUAACAUGACUGAGGAACGAGAGGGUGGUGAAGGUGUUUGACCAAAGCAACAUGUGCCGUUGUUUGAAUGAAUAUUGAAUAAAAUACAGAAAUUCAUAGAGUGGAGUACUUCUCUCUCCCCCCCCCCAUCCAAAAUAUAGGUAAUCUUUUAAUACAUUGUUUCUAGUGCUGAAUGGUUAAGUUAGGGGCCAUGCUGGCAGGGGCUGAUGGGAAUUGUAGUCCAUGAACAUCUGGAGCACCAUAGGUUGGCUGCCCCUGGGCUAAGUUAUUGAGGAAACAUCUGGACCUUUCUCUGGAUAAUUCAGUUCACUACUGGAAAAAGCAUACGUUCCCAAUAUAUUUUUUUAUGGUAGUACAACUUUCUUCCCAGUUCCCAGAGGUUUGUACGUUAAAAUAAAUAGAAGACAAAAUGAACACACAUCACAUCCCAACCCUGUUAAAUCACAUGGAUUACUGUGUGAGGGAAUGAAGUUAGAUCUGUGGGUCUUAAAAGUGUCUACUCGUGAUCCACAAAACUGUGGAUUCUAUACCGGGCAAAUAUAAUGGGUGUAAUACGCUAUGUAAACCAUUUGGGGUGGGAGGAUACUUCACAUAGGUCCCACCCCUACAUGAAUCUGCCCCAUUUUAUUUCGCUCAACCUGGGAUUUUCAAAAAUGGCUAAACUGGUGAUCCUUGUGCGAAAUCCCAGGUAGGAGCCACUCCCACGCAAACAGCCAGCCCAGGCAGGAGACGUUUUAUUUCUCUCCCACCGCACCAUCCAAGACCACGGAGACUCCACCUGCCAGUGCCCUGCCGUUGCUGGGAGGCCCCUUUUUCUUUUUAAAAAUUUUGCACGUUGCACCCGUGCAGUUAUGCAGGUGCAGCUGACCGUAUUGUGGGACGAUUGGCAUGGCUGCGGGGGUUCAUUCCUGCAUGCCUGCGCAGCUGCACAGGAAAUUAAGAAAGAAGCAUCUCUGUGCAAAGCUGUGACCAAGCAACCCGGACUGUUUCUGUGGACUCCAGUUGCUGCCUGCACGACAUCCAUGUCAACGGGAAAAAGGAAAAUGCGUUGCUUUAUAAAGAACUGCAACCCAUUAUACAUUUUCUGUGCAGAAUUGACCACUGUUCAGCAUAUAUUUUAUUUAUUAUUGGAUAUGUAGAAAAACAGCGCUGCAUCAACAUUUCACAAGGCAGGUGUAGUUUGACAGCUGAAUCUGAAAUGUCAUAUGCUUGUUAGGUCAAACAUACAUUCAUAACAUGGUGGUGUUUUGUACUUGCUAUAUAUGUAUUUUUGUAUUUGUUUAUGAAAGGACUAAAUAAUAAAGUUAAUUUCUUUAA